AUGAACAACACUACCUCAUUCGAAUCGGAAUGCGGGUCUGCGUACCUAAAAUGGACUUUGCGACUAAUUUAUUCAAUCAUAUUCAUCCUUGGUUUGUUCGGAAAUGCAGUUGUCUGCAUAGCGAUUGUCAAACGAAAAGGGCCUCAAACCAGCUGUAACAUAUUUACAUUCAAUCUUGCGUUCCACGAUCUAAUUCUCGUACUCGUCUACGUUCCAACGCAAAUGAUUUUGUUUGAAAACUGCUAUCAAUGGGUUCUUGGAAGUUUUAUGUGCUAUCUUGCUUACAUAAUACUUCCCUUGUCACUGUCUGUGUCCAUCGGUACUUUACUGGCCAUCACCGCUGACCGAUACCGCGCGAUUGUAUUUCCAGUCAAGUCUAGGCUAUCCAGGAGGCGGGUAAUGUUGAUAAUAGCUGUCAUUUGGGUUGCAUCGGCUGUAACCGCCUUACCUCUUCUAUUUGUCACCAAAUUCUUUUCGCCUCAGCCUGGGAUAAAGCACUGCGCAGAGUAUUGGACAUCGCCAAUGUUUCAAGAAAUCUACUGGAUAUCAAUGUUUUGCAUUCAGUAUCUGUUGCCCUUGAUUAUCAUUGCGAUCUUGGCGGGCAUAACGGCCUAUACUUUAAGGAAAAACGCACUCCCAGUUGCUAUGGAGACGUGCGCUCAAAGCGAGGUCUUUCGGAAGGCCAUUCAACGAAGAGCCAAACAAACACAGCGGAUAAGAAACAUGCUCAUUGCACUCGUGUUGCUCUACGCCAUUUGUAUGCUGCCUCAGCACGUGGUGUACACGUUCUGGUCGAAAUACGGGAAUUUGACCGAAACGAGUUACAGAGAGAUGGCAAACUUAAUAGCCAACAUCUUUCCAAUAGCAAACAGUGCGCUCAAUGCGAUUGCAUACGGAACAUUGAACAAGGAGUUCAAGGACGUUUUCAAUUUUUUGUUCAAAUGCACUUGCCUGAAGAGUAGAUACCUUUUAAGGAAACCUUCGACUUUUGAGACAGAAACUAGUGUGAAAAAGAAUGAAAGCGGACCACUUCUUCAUCAGGAAUGGAAAAAUGGACGAGAAACCAUGGUGUCUCCUCUUCCAAAAAUGAAAAUUAAAAAAAACGACUGCACGCAGGACUCGUGCAACCGCGGGAACAAUUAUUCGGCCGAUCAAGGACGUUUAGGUCUUAUACUCUUUACGGGCGUGGGCUCCAGCAGAAAAGAGAGCCUACAAUAUAUUUCUUCCGGAGAUAGAGAAGAGCUUCCACAAAAGGAGACAGUCGUGUAA